AUGGACCCUAGGCGGGAAAAUAGACCUCGCCGAACGGAAAAACAGAUUGGAUCCCAGGGUACGACCCUAGCGAGCGUAGCCUUGAGAGACUACCGUGGGGUUACCCGUACGCAGAAGGUGACCUUCGUGAUUAUUCCCAUGGUCGACAUCGAAGUGAUCCUGGGAAAGCCAUGGCUAGAGGAGGUGAACCCGAGGAUCAACUGGAGGGAACACUGGUGGCACUACCCACACGCCGUGGAAUGGGUGGCAACCCCAGAACCCGACGAGUGCGGAGCACCUGCGACGGUCCAACUCCUCUUGCUAACGCUAGAGGAGAAGGCAGUCGGAAAAAACCAAAUACCAAGGGAGUUCGAAUCUUUUGCGGAUGUCUUCUCGGAGGAAGCGGCCUAUACGCUUGCUGACCCCGGGCUGGUAUCCCACGAGAUCGAGCUAGUGGAAGGGAAGGUCCCUCCCCACUUACCCUUGUACAACCUCUCAGCUAAGGAGUUGCAGGUACUGAGGGAGUACCUCGACACCAUGCUGAAGAGGGGCUGGAUCAGGGAGUCCAAGAGCCCUGCUGGAGCACCCUUGCUCUUUGCACCUAAAGCGGACGGUAGUCUACGCACGUGUGUUGACUACCGUGGGCUCAACAAGAUGACUAUAAAGAACCGUCUUACCUUACCCCGGGUCGAUGAGAUGCUGGAUAGACUAGCAGGUGCUAUGUUCUUUACCAAGCUCGACCUCAGGGAAGCGUACCAUAGGGUACGUAUCAAGGAAGGCGAUGAGUGGAAGACGGCCUUUAGGACAAGGUACGGACACUAUGAAUACCUCGUAAUGCCAUUUGGUCUAGCUAACGCACCUGCAACGUUCCAGGGGUACAUCAAUCGAGUCCUUACAGGGUUAGUGGACAUCGCGUGUAUUGUCUACCUUGAUGACAUCCUUAUCUUCAGUGCAAGUAGGGAGAAAUAUAUAAGACACAUUAAGCUAGUACUAGAUAGAUUGAGGAAGUAUAGAUUGUAUGCAAAGCUCUCCAAGUGUGCUUUCUUCCAGGUAUCAGUAGAUUUCCUAGGGUACAGAGUGAGCCGCGGAGGGGUAAGCAUGGAUCCUACCAGGGUUACUACGGUACAGGAGUGGCCGGAACCCUGUAGCUUCCAUGACAUCCAGGUGUUCCUGGGGUUUGCCAACUUCUACCGACGUUUUAUACGCCGGUACUCCCAUAUCGUGACACCCAUUACUGAGCUACUCAAGGGUUCACAGGGAGGGAAAAAGAAGGGCAAGUUCACCUGGACCCCAGAGGCUAGCAAGGCUUUUAGGGAACUAAAAGACAAGUUCCUCACAGGACCCUUGCUCCAGCACUUCGACCCCUCGAAGCCUAUAAGGGUGGAAACGGAUGCUUCGACGUUCGCAUGCGGAGCAGUGCUCUCCCAACCCUACGAGGAGGAGGGAAGGAAGCCUGAGUGGCACCCAGUGGCCUUCUGGUCAAAAAAGCUGGAUGACACCCAGAAAGGCUAUGGCACGCCUGACCAGGAGAUGCUAGCAAUCGUAAAGUCGUUUGAGCAGUGGAGGCACUACCUUGAAGGAGCGCAGCACACGGUGCAGGUCCUUACAGACCAUCAUAACCUACAGGGGUUCAUGAAGCAAUCCAAAAAGGUAUCCCACAGACGCCAGGUCAAUUGGCUGGAACAGCUAGCAGCCUAUGACUUUGAAAUAGUCUAUAGGACAGGGAAGACCAAUCCUGCGGACG